AUGUAGUGUAAAGCAGUCAUCGAAAAAUUUAGAAAAGAUAAUUUGGAAUCGGUAGCAGAAGAGAGAGAGAGAGAGAGAGAGAGAGAGAGAGAGAGAGAGAGAGAGAGAGAGAGACAUGGCUGGCUAUUCAAGGCUUCAAUUUAUUUUCUUCCUCUUCCUCUUGGCUUCGAUGUGUGCCGUUCAAGUUUCAAUGGCUGGUGGCAAAGGAUCUAUUAAAAAACUAAGAGAUUGCUAUCCGGCAUGUGACUUUCGGUGUUCCAAGGCCGACAUACCCUAUGAUUGUGAGCUCAUAUGCGAACAAUGUUGUUUUAGGUGUUUUUGUGUUCCAUCAGGCACCUCUGGGAACAAGGAGGAGUGCCCUUGCUACAGCACCGUAGCACUCCCAAACCGUGUAGCUACAUGUCCUUAGAAAGAAAAAAUAAACUAGGGGAUUCUUAGAUUUGAAUAUGAUUUUCCUAGUUGGAUGAUUUGGGCUGCAAUGGAAUAAAUUGAGAAAGUUUAAUGAAGUUUGUUGAAUAAAA